AUGCGUUCCCUUGCUUUUAUAACAUCUCUGGUGGCUUGGCUUGGCAUCCAAUAUGCCGCGGCAGAUAUUGCUGCACUACCGCUGCCAAGUAGCUGUAGCGGUGUAUCAGCCAUGCGAUACCAGUACAAGACGGCAAAUGGGUGGACCGCCGUGAAGAUCGCUGGAAACUUGAAGCAAGUACGGACGAUCGUCUUCGACCCACUCGGAAACAUGCUCGUGGCCGAAGGUACCAAGGGCAUUUCUGUUCAUACCUGGGGGUCGAAUGGAUGCAUCAACAGUAGCACUACUCUCAUUGCACUCAACUCCCUCAACCAUGGCUUGGCACUUACUCCGGACGGCAACACCUUGUACGCAAGUGGCGAAAAAACCGUAUAUUCCUGGACUUACAACCCGAGCACUAGGGCAGUCAGCAACCAGAAGACUGUGGUACAAGGAAUGGACACAGGCGUCCACUCUUCGAGGGCUGUCGUCCCUGUGCCGUCAAAGCCGAACAUGGUCCUCGUGCAGGUCGGUAGUAACCAGAAUCUUGACAUGGCUUCUGCCGAUAAAGCCACCGGCCGGGCAAUCAUAAAGAUCUUCGACAUGAGUCAAGCACCCGCUAGCGGAUAUAACUACAAGACACAAGGUGAAGUUGUCGCGUAUGGCCUUCGCAAUGAGAUCGGCUUCACCUUCGACCCCAAUGGGGUUCUCUGGGGUGUUGAGAAUAGCGGAGAUGACUUUACUCGCACAGCAAAUGGCGCCCGAACAGAUGUGCACAUAAAUAAUCCUUCGGAGAAGCUUAAUAACCUCGGUAAUCCUCUGACUGCUAGGAAUCAAUGGUACGGAUACCCAACUUGCUUUACAGUAUGGGACCCGACAGCGUUCAAGGAUAACACCGCCCUGAAAGUUGGCGACCACUUUGUUCUGAGCCCUAACAAUACCUUCAACGACGCCACAUGUAACACCCAGGCCGUUGCACCGCGUCUGUCGUUCAUGCCUCACAGUGCACCAAUUUGGAACGCGUUUGAUGCCAAUGCCACCAACAUGUACGUCACCUUCCACGGCUCAUGGGACCGACAGCCACCGACUGGGUUCAAAGUUGUCCAGGUACCGUUCACAAAGUUGGCCAACGGACAAUACGACCCGGUGGCUCCUGCGACGAGCACUACGGGGUAUUCUGAUGUGUUCUCGGCAACAACCCCCGAGUCUUGUACGGCCAAUGGAUUGACCCAAAGCAACUGCUUCCGUCUUACUGCGGCUACCUGGGAUCCAGCGGGACGGGGUCUAUUUGUGGGUAGUGACAACAGUGCCGAGGGCGAGAUUUACCUGUUGUCAAAGAAAUAA